UGGCCACCAGGUGUCAGGGCGGAGCCUGAGAGCCCUCGGCCGAGGAGAAGAGUGCUGUUCGUUUAAUACAUUGCUACGUAGCCAGCACCGAGCCGCCCGUUGUCUGCUGUCUGAGUUUGGCUACAGUCCGCGAGACAAAGACAACUGAUUGACCAGUCUAAAGCCUACUGUACCGGACGUAACGUGACUGAAGGUCUGCAUUGACCCUGAUCCGCUGGAUCUUCCCCAGAGAAAAGAACCACCUGCUGUGCCUGCUUGUUUCAUUGUUUACAUCACUGUCACCAGCGGGAGGCUUUCACUCAAAUAAGCAAAGGACAUCUGCAGCCGAGGUCUUAAUGUCAUCCCAACCGCUUUUAAAAGACUUUCCAAAAACCUGGAGUUAUUUGUUUUUCGGCUGAUUUUCUGAAACCAAUUGAGGGUAAACAUGCAGUUGAUUGAUAUCACCCGAGAGGAUCUCACCAAGACAACCACUUGUUCUUUAUCUAUGGGUUCUUUGCUCGGUGUGAGGAGGAGUGCCGUCCCUUAAGUUAUCUUGAUGAAGGCCUUCCUCUGACAGAAGAUCAGGGCCACUUAAGGCCAGGAGGCGGACUGCUGUGCCCCUCUGCUCUGCCCUCUUUAAUUCAACCCUUUUUGACAGAUUUCCUCGCUCUCCUGACUUUCACGAUGGGGCUCUUCUUCAACCCUUUUGACAACUUAGUGUGUAUCCUGCUCGGCAUCUCCCUCACCGUGUGGUUCACCCUGCUGCUGGUCUUCAUUAUCGUGCCUGCCAUCUUUGGUGUGUCCUUUGGCAUCCGGCGUCUGUACAUGAAAACCUUACUGAAGCUCUUUGAGUGGGCCACACUCAGGAUAGAGAGAGGAGCGAAAGAGAAUAAUCACCACCUCUACAAACCCUACUCAAAUGCGAUCAUCGCCAGGGAGCCCACCUCGUUGGAGGAGGAGAUCAAGGAGAUCAGGCGCAGCGGCAGCAACAGAGACCUGGACUCAGCCACCGAGUUUGAGAUGUCUGACAUCUUCUAUUUUGCCCGGCGAGGAGUGGAGAGCAUCAUGGACGAUGAGGUGACCAAGCGGUUCUCUCCUGAGGAGUUGGAGUCCUGGAAUCUGCUGACUCGCAGCAACACAAACUUCCACUACAUCAGCCUGAGGUUGACCGUCCUGUGGGGGCUCGGCCUGCUGAUCCGCUACGGCUUCCUGCUGCCUCUCAGGGUAACCCUCGCCUUCACUGGUGUUGGCCUCCUCGUCUUCCUCACCUGUGUCAUCGGGCUGCUGCCGAGCGGAAGGUUAAAAAACGUUCUGAGUGAAAAAGUCCAUCUGAUGUGCUACAGAAUAUGUGUCCGAGCUCUGACGGCCAUUAUAACCUACCAUAACAGUGAAAAUAAACCCAAGAAUGGGGGUAUCUGCGUCGCCAACCACACCUCACCCAUCGAUGUUAUCAUCCUGGCCAGCGACGGCUGCUAUGCUAUGGUUGGCCAAAUUCACGGUGGCUUGAUGGGGGUCAUUCAGAGAUCCAUGGUCAAGGCCUGCCCGCACAUUUGGUUUGAACGCUCAGAAGUCAAAGACAGACAUCUAGUGGCCAAAAGAUUGAGUGACCAUGUAGAGGAUAAAACUAAACUGCCCAUUCUCAUUUUCCCAGAAGGUACCUGCAUUAACAACACGUCAGUUAUGAUGUUUAAGAAAGGCAGUUUUGACAUUGGUGCCACAGUCUACCCUGUGGCCAUAAAGGUGAGUCUGUCCUCCUCCUCCUGUGAGAUGUCAUGAUCUACUAGAUCAUUGCUUUUAUAUCUGAUAAUAACUGUGCUGUAAAUGACUUGUUAUGCCUGUGUUUAUGCUGAUCUUCUCCAACAGGCGGAUGAAGAUGCCGUACAGUUUGCCAAUCGUGUGAAGGCUGCAAUAGCCAGGCAAGGCGGACUGGUCGACCUCCUGUGGGACGGAGGAUUGAAGCGCGAGAAAGUUAAAGAUACCUUUAAAGAAGAGCAGCAGAAGCUGUACAGUAAGAUGCUGGUGGGCACCCCAGAGGACCGCAGUCGCUCCUGAAGGUCCCGUGUGGGGGGGCGGACCGGCUCAGUGACCCACCUGGGCACCUGGGACUCUACCAGACAGUCGGCCUCUCUCUCUCUCGCUCUCCUGGAGCUCCUUGACUGGAAAACUCCCUCUCUGAUGUCAACAGUACUCCAUUUGGCUCCCCCGGUCACUGCCUUAGCCAGCCAUGUUCAGUUUGCCUCGCUGUUAGGGGUCGUUCGGGGUCUGCUGCCCUUUCUGGGUCUAGCUCGACUGAAACUCUGCUUGCAGUAGAAUGAGAAUAAGGUGCACACAGAAAAGGAGCCUUGUCUUCUUUGUUGGCAGUCUUGUGAGGGGAAAACUUUGUUAUAUAUCAUUGAGUUACUGUCUUUGUUUGUAGUUUCAACUUUUUCAUUGUCAUUUUACUGUCAUGUUUGUAUCACACUGUGGUGACGUUGCAGAGCUGAUUACACCUGGGAUAUAGAAGAGAUAUUGUAGAGAGAACUAGUUUGUUUUAAAGCUAAAACCUGUGACUGAGUUGGGGUUUUGCAGGACUGCCGUGUGUCCAUGAUUUAGGGCACAAUGCCAGAUUUUGUUACAUUUGAGAUAUUUCUAUGGGCUUUUUUCCCAAGAGGAAAAAAAAUGUUUUAACGUAUUUUCAACUUUUGUGUUUUACAUUAAGACUUGUGUCGACACAUGUGGUCACUAUGGGAGUCUCAUUGCAGAUGAGCUCUUAUUGUGUUGUCUGUUUUCUUACGUUGAAUGUGUAAAUCCUCACAUUACGAAAUUGAAAUUGGGUUACUCUGAUGGAGGUUUAUGGACUGAUGUUCAAGCUAAUAAGGCAGCAGAACUAGAGUAAAAGGGUUUAUAGUCGAUUCAUUAGGAUUUUAUUUUUUGGGAUGCUUUAAGCAUUGUCCCUCUAAAGGCCCAUGGCACACAGGUAGCAACAUAGACAGUCGCAAUUGGUCUCCUGAAGCCCUAUUCGCACGGGAGGAACCUCGAGUAACUUGUUAUAAUUUGUGGAGAUUGUCUGUAAUAUAAAUCCCGUGUACAUCUGCCAAUUCCACCGCAAAUAACCGAGUACAUUUCUCCAAACACAGAGGUGUUGUGUUUUUUUUUUUUUAGUCCCGUCUCUGCGAUUCAGAGUUGAAUUGGCUGCGUUGGCAAUUAUGAGUUAAAGUUCUGACUCUGCCUUGACAUUGUAUCCGAGGGAUAAUGUCAGCACAUUUGAGUAAAAUACAGACUUUGCUCAUCCCGUGUGAAACAGGGCUUUUAACGUAGUUAUAAUGAGAAUUAGCUAAUACAUAUUCUUAUUAAUAUACUUCCUAACAGGCAUCAUGUUACAUUGGCUUCCUGCUAUUGCAGUGACUAUCCUGCCUAAUUUAUUUGAGUUUAACUAUGAAAGCUAUUGUCUUUAUUCCCCUCCCUAUCAUCAGUGAUCGUUCCUGUACUUGACAGCCUCUUCAUGAAGAGGCAGUUGUAUUUUGCUGGAGAUGAGGAUCCCAGGGGACACUUCUCCCUGAGGCCCUCAUCCCUCCAGUUUACCGUUUAUCAGGGACAUUUGUCAUUUAGAUUGUGUCCAAUCUGGUCAUCCAAAUUAAAUGUUCAAGAAUGUGACUAC